AUGACUAGACUUUCGAUUUGGCUGAAGGAUCAUCUUUACAAUAAUAUUAAGAACAAUCUCGAUUCAACACUUGAUGUCUUAUUGAAAUUAAGCCCCCCUUUCAGGAAAAAUACCAGCAUGAUUGAACAAAAAGAAGCAUUAAAAUCAUCUAUUCAUGCAUUCUUCAAGAAUAGUGAAGAAAAUAUGACAAAAUAUAGGACCUUAUACAUGUGGGUUAAAGAAGCUGCCUCAAACAAGAAGGAACUUAAAAUUAUAGAUAAGAAGCAUCACGCAGCUUUCCAGAGAGCACGAUUUUUCUCCAAGCAAGGUGCAUAUAUUGAACCGAUUCUUGAACAUAUGGAGUUAUCACUUUUUCGAUUUAUUAUUAAACAAGAAAAAUAUAUUCCCUAUGAAACUGUGAGAAACUUUGUAUCAAAAUGCAACCCACCGAAAAAAGAUGAUUUUUCAGAUACGGAUCUUUUAUGUCUUCUUAACUUUAUAACGAUUUUAUUGAUAAUAGAGGACCAAGAUGCACUCAAACCAUUAAGAGAAAUUAAGCAAAAACUGGAAUCUGAACUUAUAAAGCGAUGGAUCUCAACAAGAAAGAGAAGGCACGAGGAAGAUGAUAAUAAGUGUAAUGUGAAGAAGAGAGACUUGAAAAAUAUAGAGUACAGAGAGUUGACUGACUUUACCUUAAAUGUAAUCAGUAAAUUGGAAAAGAAUGAAGAGCAAGUAGGGAAAAUUGUACGAUUAGCUAUAGCUAAAGAUGAGACAUUGAUUAAUAUUUGGAAAAGUUUAAUGACUCAAAAAGAUGAAUAUGUGAAAAUUAAAAAAUUCGUGACUCUAGCAAAUUUCCAAUUUGACAUGGUGAGUACGCCAGAUAUUACUUUUCAGAUGCCUGUUUAUAUGACUAAUUUGGCAAUAUCAUAUUUACAGGACCUAAAAAUCAAAGAGGCCGAGACAUAA